AUGUUUUAAAACCCACUAAACUAGAUCUUGCCCGGAAAUUUUGGGUAACUCGGACUUCCACCCUCUCAAUAAAACGCAGGAUUAAUGAGCUAGGGUCAUAUGGGGUACAGAUAGCAAUAUAUGGAUGGUUAGAUGAAUUAGCCAAUGGGUGGCUAAAGCCAAUAAAGCAUGAUGAUGGGAGGUAUGCCGAUGAGUCAAGGGCAAUUUCAGUAAUAGUCUCCUUAUCUUAGCCACUAAAAUUCACAAAGAAAUGGCUAAAACUAAGGAUAAAAAUCAUUGCAGCAGAGAAGAGAUCUAGCUAAGAGUUUCUUUAAGAGAGUAAAGCAACUGCCCAAACCUCAAAAUAAUUAAAACAUAGCAGUGCUGCAGGACACUGAGAGAAUACUGCAAAUACUCACCAAUGCCUCUUACGUUGAAAAGAAAAAUAGAUUGGCUAUGAGGAGAGAUUCUGAGGAGGAAGAAGACAAGGGAAAUGAGAAGAUAUUUACUGAUGAAGUUGGAGUUUAGUCUUACUACAGGAAUCAACAGGAUCAAGACGAGAACUAUCAGUUAGAUGAAAAUGCUGAUUAAGCGCAGGCAGAUGACGAAUGGAGAUAUUUGGAUAUCGAAGAUAAGAAAAUCCUCAGUAAGAGGAAGAAGCGAACUGUGAAGGUAGAGGAUUGCUACCUUGAUCUUGACGCAUUUUUUAAGAAUAAGAAAAGAUUUUGCCCUUCAGAGUCUAUUCUAAAUCAUGAUAAUGAGAGCACAUAGGAUAGUGAGGCCAAGACCAAACUUCUUACUCAAGAUGUAAGAGAUCAGCUCAAGAAGAAGUUGAUUGAGAAGUAUUUCUCAGAGCUUCCAGAGAAUGAAUAUACCCAGAGAUCUGUGGUGAAUUAUAUUAAGUACAUGAUAAAGAAUGUGCAGUAUAAUAAACUCACGAGAUCUAUAGCCAACUUAGAUGCAUAAGAAUCAAUGGAAGAGGAAGAAAUAUUGAUCGAACUAAUUUAAGAGAAUGAUCCUUUGCUUUUACUUGAUAUCACUUCAUUCUGGAUCUACAACGCAUUCUCAAUAUCAAGUAGCAGUGAUCAAAAAGAUACAUUUUAUGAGGCUUAGCUAAGAUUUAUAUUAAUGACUUUGGAGAAGAACAUUAACCUGAUUUUGUUUGAGAAGUAAACUCUGCAUAAAUGGAUUAGUUUCAUUAAAGCGAUACCGUUUGUGAUUUAAGAUGUAUUGCUGGCUCAUGUAUCAAAGGUUCUAAAUAGAGUCUCAAUUGAUUAACUUGAUUCUGGGUACCUUCAAGUAUUUAUUGAGUAAUUAAUAAUGAAUAAGAUUCUAGUAAAGAAAGAUAUGAGGGAUUCUUAUCUAAAACUAUUGGUUGAAGACUAGUUGCUUCACCAGAGAUCUUAAGAAAAAUUUGAUAAGAUUUGUAACCAAAUUAUUUUUUGCAAGGAAACAGGGCUUUUUGAAAUUUCUUUUGAUGAUUAACUAAAAAUAAAAGUAACUGAAGCAGUUAAUGAGAAUUUUCGCAAUAUUUGCCUUGGAUAGCAGGCUCUUCCUGAUGAAUAAGAUCAAGAGUAGUAUCUGAAAAAUUCCCUGACUUUAUAUAUUGAAAUAGCUAAAAUAUUCAUUACUGAAAAUGAUUCAUAUCUGGAAGUGAUACUAGACUGUUAUUUUAAAUGUGAAAAUAAGCUGCUCAAAACAAUCAUGACUCUUUAAAUAGGCUCGAUUGCAAAGACUUUGAAUUUAGACACUAAUAAUCAGAAAAUGAUUGAACUGGUUCAGAAAUACUCUGAAGAAAAGCUACCUGAUUUCAAGACAUAGCUAAAGAUUUUAGUAGAUAUUCUAGUUCAGCAUACUGAGGAUUAAAACACAGUAAGCUAGGAGUUUAAAAAUAUGAUCUUAGGUAUUGCUAAAACUCUUAAAUCAAGCACACUUCUAUCUAGUUUAAUAUUUAGUCUCGACUUUGAACUUGUCUAGGAUCAUAUUCCUGCUAUAAUAGUCCAAGUUGAAGACCACUAACUCAUUCCAGACAUCAGGCCUUUGAUUGAAAAUAUUGAGAAGAAUUUAAAUUCAUAGCAAGAUAAGAUAGUUGAGUUGGUUUACUUGAUAUUGAAGCAGACGUUUGAAUCAAGUGACAAGUAAGAGUAAGAGUAAUUUAUUAAGAGGCUAACAACAAUUCAAGAUAUUCUUAUCAGAAAGUUCAACAAGGAAACUGUAGCCAAAAUUAUUGAAAAACUGAUUAAAAGAGAGAAGUGGCAUUGUAAGAUCCUCAUUAGUUUGAUUCUAUUGCUGGUUAAGUUUAACAGUCCAGAGCAGAAUGGUGUUGACUCUUACUUCAAAGAUGAAGCAAUGAACCUGAUUAAAAAGAUACUCAAAAAGAAAAUUUGGGACUAGCUGAAGAGCAGCAAAGAUGAGAAGCUGCAAGAUGAAUGGGAUUGCAUAAAGAAAGGACUUGUGCUGUAUUUCACUAAGUAUUAGUCCAAGGACAACUACAAGUUAUUUAAAGAUUACAUACCCUCUGAAAUCAGGGAAGAAAUGAUCAAGGAAAAUUAGGACUUACUUAACUUUGUCAAUACUUACUCAAGAAGAUGA